GAUGACUAUAUGUGUUUGAAGCAUAUCAUUUAUUGCACAGUUUGGUCGGUUUUACAUUUUAAAAGGUAGUUUGGGUUUAGACGCAUGCACGUAAUAACAACUAGCUAGCCGGCUAAUGCACGAUCUGCUUCCGCUUAUACAGAGUGCUUUGCAUGAGUUUUGGGAGGAGUGGCUUAUUCGAGAGCAGCGCGUGUCUGGGCUUUGCAUCCUGGUAAACGUACAACGGCUCUUGUGCUGUUGUGUGUGCGUGUGGUGGGUUUACGGAGUGUGUUUUCAGUCAGAGCAAGGUCAAGCAUGAAAAGAGGCAAGAAGGCAGCGGAGGCAACUGCAGAAGGAGACAAUGACGCCGCCUCUGAAACGACUACAAAGAAAGCAAAGAAGACUAAGGAACCGGAAGCCCCUAUCUUGUACGAAGACCCUCCUGACAAAAUGACCAGCAAAGAUGGACGCGCUGCCAACAUGAAGAUCACCUCCUGGAAUGUUGAUGGACUGAGGGCCUGGGUGAAGAAGAAUGGCCUGGAUUGGGUGCGUGAGGAGAAUCCAGACAUUGUGUGCCUGCAGGAGACCAAGUGUUCAGAGAAAGACCUGCCAGCUGCUAUCACCUCCAUGCCGGAGUACCCGCACAAGUACUGGUGUACAUCAAAUGAAAAGGAGGGAUACAGUGGUGUGGCCAUGCUCUGCAAAACUGAGCCUGUUAAAGUGACAUACGGCAUUGGCAAUGAGGAGCAUGACAAGGAGGGCCGUGUCAUCACUGCAGAGUUCCCCACCUUCUACCUGGUGACCGCCUACGUGCCCAAUGCCAGCAAAGGCCUGGUGCGCUUAGAUUACCGCAAAACCUGGGAUGUGGAUUUCCGCGCGUACCUCAGCGAGUUGGACAUACAGAAGCCCCUCGUGUUGUGCGGCGACCUCAACGUCGCCCACCAGGAGAUCGACCUGAAGAACCCCAAGGGAAACAAGAAAAAUGCCGGUUUCACCCCAGAGGAGCGUGAAGGCUUCAGCCAACUGCUGGAGGCCGGUUUUGUUGACAGCUUCCGCGAGCUCUACCCCGAACAGGCCAACGCAUACACCUUCUGGACCUACAUGAUGAAUUCCAGGGCAAAGAACGUGGGCUGGCGGCUCGAUUACUUUGUGCUGUCCUCCUCUCUGGUGCCAGCGUUGUGCGACAGCAAGAUCCGCAACAAAGCCAUGGGGAGUGACCACUGCCCCAUUACGCUGCACAUAGCUGUGUAACCUCAUCUCGCAGCACAAUCGCCAGUUUAGUUGCUUAGAUUAGCGCCAAACAAUAAAAAAUGCCCUUUUUCUGAAAUGUAUGUCAAACCCAAGCUAUUACAUUUUUCUUUGGUUGUCCUGCAACACUAAAUAACGUUUCAAGUCUAAGCUUGGAUUAAGACCAAUUGUUGACCUUUCUCAGUGUUAUACUGUAGCCCGUCUGUGCUGCUGCUGACCUUUAUAAAUGCUCAAUGCCACAAAAUUUAACACGAUUUUGUGUUGUAAUCUUGGAUCAAACCGCAAUAAAGUCUGAUUUGUAGAACCAACUUAGUUAUUGUGU